UCACCCUGUUUCCGAUUUGACAAAGGGCAUGUUCUGAACACGUUUUGCUACAGUUUCUGUGUUGAACGAUAUGUUUUCUCCCAACGGUGUGCAACAUUUUACAACGGGCUUUGAGGUUUCCUGGUAAAGUUACGGCCAUGGAUGAGGUUUUCACCCCGUUGGACUGCCUGCUCAAUGCAGGAAAGCAGAAUAUCUGUUUGUUGAUCCUCAACCAGCCCUUGGAUGAAGACUACCUGCAUGUGCUGUGGAAGAAAGCUGCGCUGAGGGCUUGUGCGGAUGGAGGUGCCAAUCACCUGCACAGGCUCACCGCAGGAAAACGAGACAGCUUUCUGCCAGACUACAUCAGCGGGGAUUUAGAUUCCAUUGCCCGCGAAGUCAAAGAGUUUUACACAGAAAAGAAAUGCCAGAUCUUAGAGACGCCCGAUCAGGACCACACCGACUUCACCAAGUGCCUUGAGAUCAUGUUGGAGGAGAUGAAGAAACGUGACUUGCGGGUGGACACCAUUGUCACCCUGGGGGGCUUGGGUGGGCGCUUUGACCAGAUCAUGGCCUCUGUGGAGACGCUCUUCCACGCCCAGAAGAUGACCCAGCUGCCCGUGGUGGUGAUCCAGGACUCCUCGCUGAUUUACCUGCUCCGAGAGGGGAGGACGCACACGCUGAACGUGGACACAGGGCUGGAGGGUCCAUGGUGUGGCCUGAUCCCUGUGGGGAGUCCCUGCAAAACCACCACCACCGGGCUCAAGUGGAACCUCAACGAGCAGACGCUGGCGUUCGGCAACCUGGUGAGCACCAGCAACACUUACGCAGACCAUGAUCGCGCGAAGGGAAGGAGCCCUGUUACUGUGACGAGCGACCGGCCGCUGCUCUGGACCAUGGGGAUUAACUGGAAAUAGAUCGCGGAGGGACCCGCCCCCUUCACAUCGCCCGUGCCUUUUAACAGCCGCUGCUGAUGAUGAAACGAAUGCGCUUUUCAUUUCUUAGUUUAUUUGGUCAUUUAUUUAUAAACACAGUCGAAUACAAAAUGUACACUGAAUGUAAAAGUCAAGGCAGAUCAACGGAUUCGGAUUGGGUCUCUGGUCAUGUGUGGUGUCCGUUAGGCAUCAGGAAUGGGAUUCAGCCACCACUGGAAUAAAAAAAUAAAAUAAAUGCACUCAACGUUAGUAUUAUACAAACAUUUGAUUAUACUGCAAACGAUAGAAGACAAUCAUAGCUUUUGCAUAAUUACAUAAAGUUUAAUUAUAUGCUGAACAUGAGCAUAACCAUGGCCAAUUAAAAUGUCCACCAGAGAUGCAAAUGCUGUGCAUAUAUCGGGAAGAAUGAAACGCCGCUCUGCAGGGAAGCAGUAUUGGCAGGACUACAUGUCCCAUCAGCCCCCAGGAUAACGAUCUAUCCCGGACCAAAUGAAAAUAGAAACCUGGCUCUGAUUUUUCACAUUUCCCAAAUCCCGAUAUAGGCACUACAUUGUGCAUCCUCUGGAUACAUACAGUCUGUCGUCUAAAAAUAUGUCCUUUGGAAAUAAAAAUGCAUUUGAAUAAA